AUGAUGUCUUCACAACAAAGAUAUGCACAAUAUUCUACUCGAUCCAAUUGGCCAAGAGUCUGUUAUCAAUGUGGAAAUGAAGGACAUAUAGCUGCUAAAUGUCCUCAACAGAUUAUACACGAACAGCGUCUCGCAGAUUUAUUACAAGAACAAAAAUUUAAUUUUGAAACUUUGAUCAAUGAUUUUCAAGAUAGAUGGAAUAUACAUUUAUCAAAAUUACAAACUACUCAGAAAAAAUCACAUACUGAACAACUAUUACCUGUCAUAAAUGAUCUUACUACUGUUUGUAAUCAACUCAAGGAACAAAAUGUCAAAAUGCAAGACCAAUUGAAUCCUAUUAUAAAUCGUAUACAACAAAAUGCAAACGAAUAUGCAUAA